GGUCUAGUGAAUGGUGUCCCUGCCCAUGGCAGAGGGUUGGAACUGGGUGAUCUUUAAGGUCCCUUCCAUUUCAUUAUGUUACAGAAUUAAAACCUUAUUUCGAAUGAAACUGGUAUCUUGUGAUUGGCGUUAUUUUCUGACAAAUUAAACGUGUGCCAUCGCUUCACUAGAGAGUCACUUGAAAAAAACUUAAGAAAAAGAACCCUCGGGCUAUAAAAACUGCAGACCAGUUGUGACUCAGCGCAUGCGUGGUGGCUCUGCCCGUGUCCGCUCUGACUACAUUUCCCAGCGUGCCCCGCGGUGUCCCCGCGCAUGCUCCCGGCACCACGGAGAGACCCGCGGUGAUCGCGGUCCGUGGACAUGGAGGAGGGCGCUGGGAGGGGGGUCUCGGGGCCGUCGGGCGCUGAUGGAGCGGGAGCGGGAGCGGGAGCAGGAGCAGGCCCGGCCCCGGCCGAUGAGGACCGGGACAUGGAGGGGGCCCCCAGCUGCUCGGGGUCGCGCUCCGUCCCUUUCGAGUUCCAGCGGAGCCGCUCGGAGUCCACCGGCGAUGAGGACGACGACGACGACGAAGACGACGACGAGGAGGAAGAGGAGCUGGAGGGGGACGCCGGGGCUCGGUUCGGGACGGAUGACGGGGAGCACGACUCGGGCGACGACCGGGAGCGUAUGAUAAACCUCACAGAGUUGACCCCUUAUAUCCUGUGUUCCAUCUGCAAAGGUUACUUUAUUGAUGCUACAACUAUUACAGAAUGUCUGCACACCUUUUGUAAAAGCUGCAUCGUGAGACACUUCUACUAUAGCAACAGAUGUCCAAAAUGCAAUAUUGUUGUACAUCAGACACAGCCCCUUUAUAAUAUCAGACUGGACCGGCAACUGCAAGACAUAGUCUAUAAAUUAGUUGUCAAUCUUGAGGAAAGAGAGAAAAAACAAAUGCAUGACUUCUAUAAAGAAAGAGGAUUAGAAGUGCCCAAACCAGCUGUCCCACAGCCAGUUCCAACGAGCAGAGGAAGACCUCGUAAGGUUCUAGGCUCAGUGUUCCGGAUUCCACCGGAACUUGACAUCUCCAUACUUCUGGAGUUUAUUGGAGCUAACGAAGGCACAGGGAAUUUUAAGCCUUUGGAAAAGAAGUUUGUGCGUGUUUCUGGGGAGGCAACAAUUGGACAUGUGGAGAAAUUCCUCAGAAGAAAAAUGGAUCUGGACCCUGCUUGUCAGGUGGACAUAAUAUGUGGUGAUCACCUGCUGGAGCACUACCAGACACUGAGGGAAAUUCGUCAAGUCAUAGGAGAGAGCGCAGUGCAGGAUGGUUUGCUUGUACUGCACUAUGGCCUGGUGGUAUCUCCGCUAACUUAAAGAUUGCUGGAAUAUUACAAGGCAAAAGAAUCCGAAGAGUCAUGGCGCUUCUUCACUGCUGUUUCUCACCAAAGAAGCCAUCGUAUUUCCUGUGGCAGGAAGCAAGUUAAAGGAACUACCACUAACUGCUGUGUGAUCGUAGUGUAACAUCUGACUUCACCACUGUAAAAAAUUGCAGCUUCUGUAAGUACAGCUGUAGAUGUUGGUAUGCUUCAUGUUACAAAUUACUGUCUUCAAAUUUCACUCAGCUCAGGGAAUUUAAAUGCUCAGAGUAGCUGCAUUAUUUUUACUUUCGAAAAACCACAAGAUUUCACAGGGUUAACAGCCUUUUUUUCCUCUAAGCUCUGAGAUAUCUCUUGCUUUCUAAGUGUCUAGCUAGAACAGUGCUCUCAGGGAUGAUCUUCAGUGAGCAGUAUAAUGUAUUUUUGGGAGGAGACAGUGAGUUGCCUAAAAAAAUGUGUACUGUGAUCAUCUGUCUUCAUAUGUGAUUUGGGGGUAGGAAGGAAACUAGAAAUGCAGACCAAAAUAGGUAGAAAACGAUGCAGCAUAAGCAUUGGGUUUUUUGAGAAGUAGCAUUAAAUUUAGUUGUUUUUCUUGAAGAAAGACAAUUUUGUUUGCACUGGAAGUAUAUUUGCUGGUAGUUUGGCUUAUACCAAAUGGUGGAUCAUGCAUCUCUAGUCUUAAUGGAGAUGGGCUGGCUGUAAGCUGGUUAAACUAUGCAUGAAAAAAAAAGUAGCACCUCUUUCUAUCUGCUUGCUGUAUAUAAAGUGAUCACUGUCGGCGUGAUUCUGCUAUCAUGAAUCUGUCAACUGGCUUGACUGUCAGGAGCAUAAAUCCAUUCACUUUAGCACAUACCUCUCUAGCAGCUGUGAAAAUGGUUGCUUUUUCCACUCUUUUUAAUGUGUUUUAGUGCAUCGCAGUGGAGACCAGGGUUGAGUAAUGUAAUACUUGCCUGUUACUACCAGAUUUGCAGAGGAUUUUAGGUAACUUUAACAUAUUAAAAUACUAUGGUUUGUGACAACUCUAAUACUUCAAAUUUUCUUCUGUUUAAGAUUUCCAUAUUUUCUUGUGCAGCACUAAGGACCAGAGUGCUCUGUGUGUUAUGGUCUUGCUGGUCAUUGGUGUGGGGAUCCAUGAAAGCUAUCAGGAGGCACCAGGCUUCCUCCCUUCCCUAUAGUCAGUGUAGGGAAAAGGAGUCUCAAACCUCCAUUGCAGUGGAGAAGCAGGUGGACUCAGAGCCCUGCAAGGCAGUUAGUCAAGGGUCUGUUGAAGAUGAAGGCUGGAAGCAGGUCACUGCACCAACCAGGAGGAAGGUUGUUCCUCCUUCUGAAAACUUAACAAAUAGGACUGACACCUUCUACAACAGCUAUGAGGCCCUGGAACUAGAAGACCAGACAGCUGAUGCAGUGGGCGAAGGUCCUUCUGGGACUGAAGGGUCCCCUAAACCAACACCACCUGUACCCCACAUCACAACCACCUCUGUUAAGAGGAAAAGAAGGGUAGUUGGUGGUUGUAAUGAGAGACUCCCUUCUAAGAGGAACAGAGGGCCUGAUACAGACAGGACCCAACUCACAGGGUAGUCUGCUGUCUCCCAGGAGCUCAGAUGGGACAACACUGGAAAACUCUCCAGUCUAGCAAGGCCCUCUGAUUACUGCCCGCUACUGGUUGCUAAGCCAGCAGCAACAAAAUAACAAAGAGAAGUCUGAGGGCAAUCAAAAGAGACUUCAGGGCCUUGGGGCAAUUGGUAGCAGGAUCAGGAGCACAGGUAAUAAUUUCCUCAAUCCUUCCAGUAACAAAAAAUAAUCCUGAGAGGAAUAGGUAAAUCUAUCAUGUCAACAUGUGGCUCAGAGUCUGGUAUAAGCAGAAAAAUUUGUGGUUUUUUGACCAUAGGAUAAUCUAUUCAACUCCUAGUCUACUAGGUGUUGAAUAGAUUACACCUGAUGGGAUGCACCUUUCUCAGGGGGGAAAAAGAGUUCUAAUACAGGAGCUGGUGGGGCUUGUUGAUAGAGCUUUAAGCUGGAUUGGAAGGGGGAAAGGGGCAAAACCAGGCUUACUAGUAAUGAGCAAGGGAUGGUGUGCAAAACUCGAGGAAGGGAACACUAAUGGAAUCCCUCAAUCUGCCUCACGAGUUAUUUGGUACAAUGUACCACACUUGAAAUGUUUCUGUACCAGUGCACACAGCACAAGGAACAAACAAGAGGAGCUCAAAGCUUUGGCCCAGUCCCAGAGAUCUGAUAUCAAUGGCAUAAGUGAAACCUGGUGGGAUGAGUUCUGUGACUGGAGUGCCCUCUGGGAUCGUUACAGGCUUUUUGAGGGAACAGGCAGAGCAGAAGAGGCAAGGAGUAUCCCUGCAUCCUUUCCAUAGCUGUAUGUGAAGGGUUAAAAUGUAUGGAGCUCACAGUUGGCAAUGGCACAGUUUAGAGCCUCUGGGUAAUAAUCAAGGGGCAAACAAAUAAUGCAGAUGUCACAGUGGAAGUCUACUGUAGACCUCUCAGCCAGGACAGUGACACUGACAAAUUAUUCUUUGAGAAAUUAAGGGACAAUUCCAAGGCAACUGCCCAUGUCUUUAUGGGGGACUUCAGCUUGCCAGAAAUCAACUGAGAGCAUCACACAGCUGGUACAACCCGGGCCAGAAGAUUCUUAAAAAAACUGGAUGACAGCUUUAUGGAACAGGUCCUAAGGGAGCCAACUUGGAAAGAUGCCCUCCUUGAUCUGCUGCUUGUCAACAGAGUGGAUCUCAUGAGCAAAGUGGAGAUCAGUGGCCAUCUUGGCCACAGCAACCAUGAAGGGAUCAAGUUUAAAAUCUCUGUUGACAGGAGGAAAAGUGCCAGCAAAACUUCAACUCUGGACAUGGGGAGAGCAGACU